CCUCUAGGACGUACCCAGAAGGCAGCGCUUUGCUCCCGGGUCAAAAUGGCGUCAAGGCCUGCUGUUGCAGCAUCAGGCCGGUGGCUGGAGGGUAUUCGAAAAUGGUAUUAUAAUGCUGCAGGAUUCAAUAAACUUGGGUUAAUGCGAGAUGAUACGAUAUAUGAGGAUGAAGAUGUGAAAGAAGCCGUAAGAAGGCUUCCUGAGAACCUUUAUAAUGACAGGAUGUUUUGCAUUAAGAGAGCACUGGACCUGACCAUGAGGCAACAGAUCUUGCCUAAAGAGCAGUGGACAAAAUAUGAGGAGGAUGAAUUCUAUCUUGAACCAUAUCUCAAAGAGGUUAUUCGGGAAAGAAAAGAAAGAGAAGAAUGGGGAAAGAAGUGAUCAUGUAGUUGAAAUCUGUGGAAACAGUUGUCCUCAUUUUUAUGAAGUCGGUUAAAUCUGAAACAUACAAUUUAAAAAUUAUUUCAUGUGCAUAUAUGUUACUUUAAAUAAAUGUCUAUCAUAAUCAUUAAAA